AUGCCCACAGACACAGCGUACAAGCAAGCGAUUCGCCCCAAUUCGCCCAACUCGUCGCAGUUCACCCCGUCUCAGCCAGCCCCAUCGUCGCAGGUGGAGAAGGAGACGUUGCCGUCCAUCAUUGCGCACGCAGUGCCAUGGCUGGCGACGAAGGACGACUGGAGGGCGUACCUGGACAGCGAAAACCAAGCGCUGAAAUCGAAGUGCUGUGAGUGGAUCGAAGGCACGAUCUACAUCGUGGAGCCGCUGAGCCAAGAGCACGAGUCGUUCACUGACGUAGUCAAAGGAACUUUGUUCAACCAGUAUGCCUUCUUUGCGUACCUGCAGCCCUUCGGCUCCGCGGCAAUUCCUGGUCAUCCCGGGCUGCAUGACUAUGAAGCUGACGCUUGCUACAGUCCGAGGCAGUUCACGGGAGGUCCGCUUCCCUCUGGUGUUCAAGACUAUCUCUCCUGGUACACGCUCGUCGUUGAGGUUGGGAAAUCGCGCGGCUGGGGAGACGACGCUGGAAUGCUCGGCUGGAAGGCUUUGGGGUGGUCUCAGUUUCCAGGAUACAAACUCUACCCGGUGGAGCGGGACGACGACUUACCUGUGCUCAAUCCCGUGCCGGUGGUUGGACCUCAGACGUUGGUGACGUUCGACUCGCGCGUGCUGCUGGGCCUGCCUCCGGGGGCAGACAUUCCACGCAGCCCAUAUUCACGUGCUCGCUUCCCGGACCCAACCUUCACUUUGGACCUUUCCGAUGUUCUCGAAAAGGCCCGGAGGCCAUGGGUAUGAGCUCGGUGAUGCUUUGCUCGAUGCGGCGUUCGUUCGUUGGUUCUUCUUGUUUACUCUUCUUUUUUUGUUAUUUUUCAUUUUCUUCUUCCUCGCAGCUAGCCAGCUAGCCACCGUGGUGUACUACAUGUAGUUCACCUCAAUCAAAUGAAUUGCUGCUCGCAACUGGCGAAGGGCAUAACCGU